AUGCCGGACUCGUCUGAUCCUUGGGAUUGGGACACCGACAAGGUGGUGCAGGAGCUGUGUACCGACACUCGAUCGUGGAACCCGCCCAGCCAGCCCCCGAAGCUGCCCAACCUCGAGCGACUCGAAGCCAGCCUUCGCGACAAUGAGGUAGACGGCGAGACAUUCCUCGGUGCGGGGUCCGACGCGCCGGACUUCUAUACCGAUCUCGGCGUCAAAGCCAUCAAGCACAAGGAGACGAUCCGGUCCGCCAUCACACAGUGGCGCCGCCGCAGCCGCAAGUACAAGAUCUUCAAGCUGCGACGAAACCACGACUCCGACGAGUCGGAUGACGACAUCGAACCGCUCGACCAAGAGAGCCGGAAGAGAAAGCUUGCCGACGAGCGCAGGGACGACGACGGGGAAUCCGUCUACAGCACUCCGCCAGCCCUGGCUUUUGAGUCGGCGAUAUCGACUGCUGCACGACGGACUGCCACGCCUACAGUAUCAAGACCUGGGUCCUCCCACAUCCCGACAGCUCUACCAUUGACCACUACUGGCGGGUCUAGCACCGACGCUGGCACAAACCUAGACGCGCCGCCCGUCCGCAAGAAGCGCCGAAUUGCUCCAAUCUCUCUCUCCAGCGAUGUCAGUGCUGAUGCUAUUCGUACCAUGCCAGUCGGCAAUCUCGUGUCGGAGGUCGUGCCGGCAGAAACAACCAGUUCAAGCAAGCUAGCCGGCGGUUACCUAGGCACUGAUGUCUUCAACCGAGCUGAUAUCUAUGAGAUUGACUUCGAUGCCGAGCCUCUGUCCCAAGAGGACCAAACAUUUGUGUUCGUCGCAGAGCCAGAGCCACAGGGACGACGCCGCCAGCGUGGCCGUCUGCUGAAGCGCCGGCUUGCCAAAUGGCAGCAUACCUUCCGGCCUGCCAAGGCAGACAUGGUUCCGGGCAGCCACGAUCCCGAGCACUACAAUGUUUUACCCGCCUACGGCGAGUCUGAUGAUGAAUACGACUCGGACACCUGGAACGAGAUCCAGAAAGAAGAAGACGAGCGGAAGAAUGCCCAUACACGCAACAAGGCACUCAGCGACGAACAAAAAGGCGCUGUUUUGGAUCAGAUCAUCUCGGAGAGGAAGUCUGCUUGGACAGAAGACAAGCUACCGAAGCUCGAGCGCAGAGCCAACCGCAUCUGGAACAGGGCUCGCAGACAAGGCCUUAAACUCGCCAUCAGUCGACAGACCCGGCUUCUACAAGAGUACGAGGAGCGCAUGGAGAAGUAUCGAAGAGAGAUUGUUCAUCAGCAGUGGGCGACCGAGGCAGAGAUCAGAAAGAUUAGUGGAAUUUUUGAUCAGACCGUCGAGGACCUCCAGCACACUACGUGGAUGCUUGGAAUGUUGAAGUCCCCAACCGAGCCCAAGAAACUUCCCCAAGCCCCUCGCAAGCCCAAGGCGAACCGGGAACGUCCAACUGCCGGAGAUGAUGAAGAGAUCUUGACCAGUGAUUCUGACACCGAGGACUACCAUCUGAGAAACUUCAUUGUAGACGAUGAUCCGGAAAGCCAAGACACGUCCAUGCUCGACGCUGGUGAUGAUGCGCCUGUUGAGCCCAUGGCUGGCAUCGGUGUGACAGAGUCUGCAAGGACGCCUGGCUCUCGCAGUCAUGAAGAGUCCUCACGAGACGAACCCAUGACCGAUCGACCUUUCCAACCCGAUGUACAAAGUGAUGCGACAAGCAAACCGAACGGUGUCAAGUUGACGCCCAGCCAGAACACAGCCAAGAGGACUGACUUCGAUACACCUAUGGCCAGCGCUAGCAACAGGACUGUGCCCGACGCCGCUGAGUUUAUUGAUCUCACCCAGCUGGAGCCACUGGUCAAAGAGGAGCCAUCCUCCUCCAAAGGUACACCAGCGGACAAGGGGCGGAAGAAGAACAUUACAGUCAUUGAUCUCGUCACUCCUGAGAAAGGCAAACAGGUCUCUCGUCAAAGCAGCGCUUCACGAAACCUGUCCACGUCGGCAAAGCGCCUUUCCUUCCAGCGACUUCCGUUUCUCGAGCUCUCACCCAUGCAACUGAAAGGAUUGAGCAAAUCGAAGAGAUUGGUUCAUGAAGAGUUGAAUAACGCCACUGAAUACCGGGACUCAAUUCUUUCCUUCGCCGCCUGGGACGUAGACGACCUAUGGGGAGGUUGUAUUCUCCAGGCUCUUGAGGCAGACAAGUUGCCCAAAGCCCCGUUCCAGAGUGAUAAGGAGAAGGAUAUCUUCCAUGGACUGCUCAUUAUCAAGCUUUGGGACACAUUUCUCGGACAGAAGCCAAGUCAUUGGAGACAAUGGUUUGCUCACCUUCAAGCCUCGCGCAAGCACGAACUGAAGGAGAUGCGUGAUCAAUUUACUGAAUUCGUUCACUUUCUCCGUGACCUGUCCCUUUCUUACCAGCUGAGCAAAGUCCCCGUCAACGAAGUGUCUGUUACCAAUGAAGCAGACCGAAAGGAUACACGUCGGACAGCCUCUUCAGACGGGCUGCAAGACUCUGAUUUUGAACUCGACGAGAAGGGUGAAGCUGCUGGCCGCUCAAAAGCAAAGAAGCGGAAACCGGUUAUUGUCCGGAAUAAGGCCGCUAUGAGUCUCAGAGAAAGCGACGUCCAACGUGUCAAGGAACAAGCCGAACGGAGAGAGGCGAUGCGAGCCAAGAUUGCACUCCUUGGUCCUACUGUCAGCCAGAGGAGCCGUCUCAUCAUCAACGAGAGCAAAGAGGACGACCAAGCUUUCGUGUAUGUCCCUGAUAAUAUCGCGGCCCACAUCAAGGAUCAUCAGAUCUCGGGAGUUCGAUUUUUGUGGAAUCAAGUCGUUAUUGACGCUCAGGUUCGACAAGGCUGUCUUCUUGCUCAUACCAUGGGACUUGGCAAGACCAUGCAGAUCAUCACUCUGCUCAUGGCAAUCGCCGACUCUGCCGCCUCCAAUAAUCCGGCAGUGUCCUCUCAGAUUCCGGAUGAUCUUAAGGAGUCCAGAACUCUGAUUCUCGCUCCUCCUAGUCUCGUGGAGAACUGGAUGGACGAACUACUCAUCUGGACCAAUGAGUCCGGUCACCACUUGGGAGAAUUCUUCACUAUUCAUUCAAAGCAUAACAAGCAGGGGCGACACGACAUCGUUGACGAUUGGUCCGAUCAUGGUGGCAUACUGGUGAUCGGCUAUCAAAUGUUUAAAUCCUUGUUGAACACUCCAUCCCUCGCGGAAACGCUCUUGGAAAGUCCGAAUGUAGUGGUAGCAGACGAGGCACAUAUGCUGAAGAACCCAAACUCAAAAGUUCACCAGGUCACCGAGAAGUUCAGGACGCAAAUUCGCAUUGCGUUGACAGGCUCACCCCUGGCCAACAACGUUCAGGAAUACCAUUCCAUGAUCAAUUGGGUUGCGCCCAAUUACCUUUCAAAUCUGAGAGAGUUCCGACACGACUACGCUAUACCCAUUGAAACUGGACUGACGGUCGACAGCACGCCUUAUGAUCGAAGGAAGGCGCUGGUGAAGCUGAGAUCGCUGAAGGAGACCGUUGCACCCAAGGUUCAUCGAAGAACGAUCCAUUCACUGAAAGAUGAACUGCCUCCCAAAGUAGAGUUCGUCAUCUCUGUUCCAUUGACAGACAUGCAAUUUGAGCACUAUGAGGCAUACAUAGCACAGGGCAUGUAUGAGACCACCACAGCAAAGCUCUUUGCUACUCUGGGGGUGCUUACUUUACUCUGCAACCAUCCCGCAUGCUUCCGUCAACGCAUGGUGCAAGAAAGGGACAACAAAGAAGUCCAAGACGAACUGACAGCGGGGGUCAGGUUGCCGUCUCAGCUCGUUGGCGAAGCACUGUCCAAGAUACCCCAUACUGCAAUCAAGUCUACUGAACAUGAGAACAAGUCAUGGAAAAUACCUCUUCUCGUUGCGAUCCUUGAGGAAUGCCGGAAACAAGGCGACAGCGUCCUCGUCUUUUCUCAAUCGAUAUCGACUCUCGAUUACCUCGAGCAGGUUAUUAGACGCCACAGGUUUGAAUGUCAUCGACUGGAUGGGAGAACGCAAAUGGGCUUACGUCAGUCCAUGGUCAAGGAAUUUAACCAGAAAACCUCGGUCGUUUUCUUGAUCUCAACGACAGCUGGAGGCAUGGGCCUGAACAUCACUGGAGCCAAUCGGGUAAUCAUAUUCGACUUCAAGUUCAACCCCCAGCAUGAACAGCAGGCGGUUGGACGCGCGUUCCGCCUUGGCCAGACGAAGCCUGUCUUCGUGUAUAAAUUCAUUUGCGGUGGCACAUUUGAGGAGAAAUUGCACUCGAACGGUGUCUUCAAGAUGCAACUCGCUCAGCGCGUCGUCGACAAGAAGAACCCGAUACCCAGAGGCCAGAAGUUCAGUGAGCUGUUUGCGAAGCCAGAGACCCCGUUGCAGAAAGAUCUUGAUCCUUUCAGAGGCAAAGACAAGGUACUUGACAGUGUGCUCGAUUCCGAGUUGGGUCAGGGCAUCCGCUCGAUUGUCAUGGCAGAUACUUUUGAGGAAGAAAACUUGGAAGAAGAGAACUUGACUCAGGAGGAACAAGCUGAAGCCCAGAGACUCAUUGCUGAGCACAAGGCUCGCAUUACUGGCAAGGCUUUGGACCCCCUGGUGGACGUAAGCCUGCCUGUUGGCCCAGGAUUCCUCCCAGUAGCUUCUGCACCUAGUUCAAGCGCACUGUCAAACGGGGUACCGAACCAGGUCGACGGCCACACGCCGCUUGUCCCCUCGAAUGGUGUGCCUGACCACAUUAGUGGUCAUAAAUCACUUGGUAGGUCUUCAAACAUAACACAGCACACGGCACAGGUGAGGAACUUGACAGGUGCACCACAUCCAUCAUUCCAGGCUGGAGCAGUGCAGCCUAUUCUUGGCCCUUCCACCCAUGUUCGCCAGCUUCAAGAUCAGAACCACGGUAACCUUCCGUCGGGUUUUUGGGAUAGCCCCCAAGCAUUUAAGGGAGAGCUUGGGAGAAUGUUCUCGGCUAGCGCAGCAGAUGAACCAGAGAAGAACCGGAGGCGACAGACAGCCCACAACGUUGCCGCUGUCAUAAACCAGUUUGCAAGCGACCAAGAUCGUGAUCAGCUAUCACAGGUCAAAUGGGCUUUGGUAGACAACGCCAAGUCACACCGUUUCGUCGAGGCGAUUGUGGACGGGAAAAUAUAUCCUCCGGUCCUUGCUUCAUGCAACCCCCGCGCCAUCAAUGAACUGAGACAGCGUUGUGACAAUAUGUCAGAUGAACAGUGGCGUUCUUUCGAGUUUGGCCAUGAACAAACUCAAAUAAACACUGCCAGCUUGUCGGCCACUGUUACGCAACACAUAGGAAACAAGCCGGGCACUUGCACUCAAUCCCAAUCGCAGGAGCAGCCUCAGGCUCAAUCUAGACCACAGAAUCAAUCUCAGGCUCAUACAGAUGGUCAGCCAGCAACACAGCCGGCCGUUCAGUCUGAUCCAGAAGCUGAAAACGCACCCCGAGACACUCCCGCUACCAACGAAGGAGAACCCUCGAAGCGCAAAUCACACAAAGACGACGACCAGGUCGCCUUACAGGAGCUCAGAGAACGUAGAGACGUUAGAGGCAAGGAGCCUCGAUUGCCAACCUGGGCUAGAGAAGCGGUUGCGAGCCAAGGCAGACAUGCUCCCUCAUCAUCUAUGUCACCUGGACCGUCGUUUACUGCACCAAGGCGGGCGAAGAACCCCUUUCUUUAA